AUGAAGACUCAGGGGUGGAAGCAGAAUAGAGUCGCCAGGGAACUCGGCGGGUUCGAAGGCGACGAGAUGGGCCGCGACGUCGCGCUCCCGCACAGUAACAAGUUCCGAGAUAACGAGGGCAAGCGACGCAGCCACGCGGAUUACAAGCAAGGUGGCUACUACAGCGGCUCCUCGCGCCGCAGGUACGACGACGGCGCCUCGGAUAGCUACCGCCGGCACUACGACGCCGGAGACCACGGCAGGCACCACCGCUACGACGACCGCGACCAGUAUGCUGACCCCAGAGCCUAUCGCAGUGCACGAUACGACCGUAGGUCGUACGACGACGAGCGGGACCACUACGUGGACUCCAGGUACUACCGCGGGGGCCGCUACGACGACCACCCGAAAUAUCGCAAAACAACCGGACACUACGAUGAGAGGGAACAGCACGACGACCGGUAUGACCGCUACGACAGGUACGACCGCUACCACCGCUCCGGACGCAGCUACUCGCCGCAAACGCCGUACUCGGACAGGCGGAGCCCGAACAUGCGCAAGGGCGAAUACUCGCCGCCGCCAACCCCGCCGGCCGACGCGUUCAUGCCCCCAGAGAUACCGCCUGCGGGCGAUACGACCGCGGCCAAGCCGGAUCAGCGGAGUAACCUGGCAAGUGCACAUUCUGGCGCAUCCAGCACCCACGCGACGGCACACGGUGACCAGGCGACAGCCAAGUCCCGGGAUGAUGGUAAAAAGUCGGACCCCGCACAUAAGAGCGACUCCAAAGUUAGUGAUCCGAGGGUUGGAUCGAAACUGUACGCGGCGAGGUUGACCACGUCGUUCGACGUGGUCACGCUGCCGCGAGUGGCCCCGGCUGACGCCUCCCUCGCGUCGCCGCCGUUCGACAUGCGCGUGCAGUGGAGAUCCCUCAAGCCCGUGGCGAACGGAUUCUCAUCGCCAAUCGAGCGCAUAAACACGUACAUGUGCGCACCGAGGACGCAGGUUUUCAAGGAGUGGUGGCUUAAGGGUAGGUUCAGCCACGCGCCGAGUAACACCGCUCAGGCACCCUGUCGCUGCUGA